AUGGCGGAUCAGGGGGCGCAAGCCAACAGGAAAAGGACCUUCAGGACCUUCAAGUUCAGGGGAUAUGAACUGGAAAAACUCUUGGAAAUGCCUAUGGAUAACUUCAUCUCUCUCUUGAGGUCCAGGCAGAGGAGACGAUUCUCCAGGGGCAUCAAAACGAAAACACUGACUCUCCUUAAAAAGCUAAGGGCGGCGAAGAAGGAUCUAGCCUAUGGCGAAAAACCGGAACCCGUGAAAACCCACCUCAGGGACACCAUCAUCAUUCCCGAAAUGAUCGGAUCAAUUGUCGGCGUCUACAAUGGCAAGCAAUACAUUAACGUCGAAAUUAAGCCCGAAAUGGUCGGGUACUACGUUGGAGAAUUCUCCAUUACGUACAAACCCGUCAUGCACGGAAAACCCGGUAUAGGAGCGACGCACUCAUCGAGGUUCAUUCCGCUUAAGUAG